ACUAUCUAUGAUGUAUCUAUAGAUGGCAUCUAUGGGUGGUUUCUUCUACGUCUAAUACAUUUUAAUUAUGUCCACUCACAAGAAGAAGACUAGAAAAUUAAGAGGCCACGUUAGCCAUGGCCAUGGACGAAUUGGUAAACACCGUAAGCACCCUGGCGGUCGUGGUAAUGCUGGUGGCAUGCACCAUCACAGGAUAAACUUUGACAAGUACCAUCCGGGUUACUUUGGAAAGUUAGGUAUGCGAAACUACCAUCUUCGACGAAACAGUAAGUGGUGCCCAACCAUUAAUUUAGACAAAUUGUGGACGUUAGUCACUGAACAGACCAGACUAAAGUAUAAAGAUAAUCCAGAAGGAAAAGCUCCGGUGAUAGACAUUGUGAGAGCAGGUUACUAUAAAGUACUAGGAAAGGGUCGCUUACCUAAACAACCUGUUAUUGUUAAAGCCAAGUUCUUUUCAAAAUCAGCAGAAGAUAAAAUAAAGGCUGUUGGUGGAGCUUGUGUUUUAUCAGCAUAACCUGUUUUGUAAAAUUAAAUAAUACUAUUUGUAAAUAGAGUUUUGCUUAACCGUUUCA